AUGGGGAAAAUAAGAAAACCUAAACUUACAAGGACAAACAAAAGUUCAAUUGUACCUGAUAACAUUGAAGAAGAAGAGCAACUUCCGGUUGACAGCAAGGAAAAUGCUCUUCAAACCAUAUUAGACCAAAUACAGGCUGCUGAUGUGGAGGAAAAAUAUUGUGGCUUGCAAACUCUAGCUCUUAUGAUUGAAAAUCCAGAGAAUGUGCAGCAGAUUAUAGAUCGAGGAUUGGUCAAGGUAGCGGCUCCAUUAUUACUCGAUCAGGCAAGCUCUGUGAGAAAUGCUGCUGCUGGUACAUUGCGUAACUUAUCCACAGUUGCUAUGGACACUUGUGAUGCUAUGAUGGAGCAGGAUGUCAUGACUCCUGUGACUUGCUAUUUCCAUGAGCAUGCUGCAAAUUGGGUUCCAGAGGCUAAUAUUAAAACAAAAGAUGAAGAUAUUGACACGUUGAUUCAAUGUGUUAACUUGUUACUAAACCUUUGUGAAAGUUCAGAGCUAGCCAUCAAAUAUUUGGGACAGUCAAGAGUUUUGGACAUACUGCCCAGAUAUUUAGAUCUUGGCAUAUUCACAAGUGACAUUGUUAUAUCAGUGUUACAAUGUUUGUUUGUAGUAGUUGAGGACAACCCAGUUGCCAUGGCUAAAGUUAAAUUGAACGCGGAGAACCAUCUACAGUUAUUGCUAGGACUAGAAGGCAAUGACCCUGAAAUACUAUUGAUUAAAAUUCUUUCAUCUGGAGUGAUAAUAAAUACCUGUGGUGGUAAUAUAACUGUACUGCCCACAGAAGUAAUUAAUCAAAUAUUGUCUACACUGGCUGCUACUCUAGCUAUAGAUCACAGAUUUGUUUGUAACCAAUUGUCUAGCAGUGUACCUUUAAAGGAUCCCACAGGGACUGUAGACACACCGAAGGACAAGGCAGCCAAACAACUCGAAAAUCAGCUGAAGUCUGCAUCACACAUGUUAACAGCUCAACAGAGUUCACUUGAAAUUAUUGCUAAUAUAUGUUCUUGUGAAGAUGGUGAGGAUGUUCAAGGCAAUGACUCAUCAGACAGUGAGGAAAUAGAGGAAGAAUUAUGUGAAAAUGGCAAUGGCUCAAUUUUAGCAGAAGAUAAGCUUCCACCAGAAGUUAUGGAAGCUUUAAUAUCUUUGGAAAUAUUUGAUAAGGUCUGGGCCAGAACUCAGCUGCCUGCACAGAAUGUAUUAUUGAUAUUGAAAGAAUAUGAGGGAUCACAAUUGAUAUAUAAAAGAUUGCUCAGCUUACAAACUAGAGCAUUACUAUGUACAAAUAAUUUACUAUCAACCUUGCCUAUUGAACACCUUGGUGGAGUGAAUGGCGUUUACAAGAUUUGGGUUGAUGCUGGAAAGUUGGUCUUUAAAUCAGAUUCAGAAAAUGUGAACCUAUCUGAGUCCGCUACGGCUGUCAUGAGAGCUGCAUUGGAUAAAAUCAAGUUUAGAGAAAAUGGUAAUACUAGUGAUUGCAGUUUGUUCAGUGACUUGGCUUUGUCUGACAUAGAGAUAAUGUUGACUGGGGUAAAGGAAUGUCAAGUACCAGAGAUAAGAUCAAAUUUAAUCAGAAUGGUUGGCAUCUUGGCUUUGUUAUUGGCAAACAACUUGAAUGAUUUAACUAUUAAUGUUAUAUGCACUAUUACUGAGUUCAUAUUGGAGCAAGCACAUAAAGAGAACGAAGUGUGGGUAUUAGCUGAAUCAAUAGAUACACUAGUGGACUUGUAUUCGGAGGACGAAACCGAUGCAUUAGCCGCUAAAGUAAAGCUGGUUGAAAAGUUGACUGUACUUGCGCCUAUAUUGAAAAACAAAGCACGGCAACAAAAACGACUUCCAAAGGAAUAUAAAGUUCUUGUCAGCACUGCAAUUUCAAAUUUACCCAGAUUUAUAAAGUAUAAAAAGGAUAGAUUAAGCAAAUUAUAA